AUGCCCCUCAACACUCCCAUCAACGCCAGUCUGCAGGGUCCCUCAACGGCAUUCGGGUUCUGGCUCACCCUCCCCAGUACCGCUGUCGCCAAGACCAUUCUCCACGGGAGCCCCGACUCCCCGGCCAAGUAUAGCUGGGUUCUGGUGGAUGCGGAGCAUGGGUUGAUCACGGAUCGCGAUUACUAUGACCUCUCCAACGCCAUUGCCUCCGAAGGCGCAAGUCCCAUUGUCCGAGUCCCCUGCGCAGAGGAGUGGAUGAUCAAGCGGGCGCUCGAUGCUGGUGCUCACGGGAUCGUGACGCCCAUGUGUCAUUCAGAGAUCGACGCCGCCAACAUCGUCAAAUACACCAAAUACCCACCCCGCGGCACCCGCGGCUACGGCCCAAUGUUCGCCCCGCACGCCUUCCCCGGCGUCGCGCCGGGCAGCGACUACGACGAAGGCGCGCAGACGGGCGUGGCCGUGGUCGUGCAGAUCGAGUCGCGGGCCGGCGUCGACAACGUGGAGAAGAUCGCCGCCGUCGACGGCAUCGACGUGCUCUUUAUCGGGCCGUUCGACCUGUCCAAGUCCAUGGGUGUUCAGCGAGGUGGUGACGAGCAUGAGGCGGCCAUUAAGCGGAUUUUGGCUGCGGCGAGGGCGGCGGGGAAGAAGGCUGCUAUUUUUUGCACCGAUGGCGUGGAUGCUCGUACCCGUGCUGAGCAGGGCUUCGAUAUGAUCUCGGUCAACACAGAUGUGGGCGUGCUGAGGACUGGUAUGCUGAGUGAAUUGAAGACGGCCAGUGGACAGACCGUGGAGGGUGGCUCUCGAGGGGGCUAUUAG